AUGGAGGACUUUUACGUCCGAUACUACGUGGGGCACAAGGGGAAGUUCGGGCACGAGUUCCUCGAGUUCGAGUUCCGACCGGACGGCAAGCUGCGGUACGCGAACAACUCCAACUACAAGAACGACAAGCUCAUCCGUAAAGAGAUGUACGUCUCGCCGGAGAUCCUCGCGGAGGUGGCGAGGAUCGUCAAGGAGAGCGAGGUGAUGAAAGAGGACGACCGCGACUGGCCGGAGGGGGAUCGCGUCGGGAGCCAGGAGCUCGAGAUCGUGUGCGGGGACGAGCACUGCAGCUUCACGACGGCGAAGAUCGGGUCGCUGUUGGACGUGCAGUCGAGCAAAGAUCCAGAAGGGUUGCGGGUGUUUUACUACCUCGUGCAGGAUCUGAAGUGCUUCGCGUUCUCGCUCAUCAACCUGCACAUGAAGAUCAAGCCGAUCUGA